GCGCGAGUUAACCCACGGACCACUUCAGCGGGCACGCGAUUCCAUACCUUGAUGGACGUGUGCCGUAUUUUCGGCGCUCAGUUUAGUUAGUGCCGUUGCAAGUGACACUGUUUUCGCUACUGAUUCAAUAUCGUCUGAGUGCUUUAAUAAUUACUUCAACGUUGGAAGGAAAAAACGUGGACUGCUAACCAAGAAAUACGCUCAUAGACAAUUACCAGAUUGCAUCGUUUUGUGUGGAAUGUGCAGUUCGAAAAACAUUACGAGAAUGGCAGAUACACCCAAAUCCAAUAGGAGGAGUAACAAACCCCUGAUGGAGCGAAGGCGUCGAGAGAGGAUCAAUCACUGCCUCAAUGAGCUCAAGAACUUAGUCCUGACGGCUCAGAAGAAAGACCCAACUCGAUACAGCAAACUGGAGAAGGCAGACAUCCUGGAGAUGACAGUGCGACACGUACAGGACCUCCACAGACAUGAUGCUUCCGUCCUUAGUCGGAAUGUGACGUCUCCUCCCACUGCAGAUGCCACAGCCAAGUACAACGCCGGUUUCAGAAAGUGCGCCUCCGAAGUCAGCAGGUUCCUCUCCGGCGUCAACGGUCUGCCCCCUGACCUCCACGCCCGGGUACUGUCACACCUCAGUUCUAAUACAAAUGUAGAAUUCCCGUUUGUCAAAAGAGCACAGGCCGCAAAGGGGGAUACCCUGGCGUCCAUAAAAUACCCACCAAGGAGCAAAAAACUUCCUCGCCCUCCUCCCCCUACCCCUACCCCUCUCCCUCCUCAUCAUCCAGGGCAACAGCAUCAACUACAAGUCGCAGGAACGUCAGUCGCCGAUGCCAGGUUACCUUCAGGUCAGAUGCAAGCUCUCGUCGUGCCGUCGUGGACAGGUGUGUCUGUCAGCGGCAGCCCGCCAACUAAUGCCACGUCUCCAGAGGCGGCUGGUGCCCCAUCCUCCCCCGAGUCAGCCCGGGGAAGCCCCAGUAUGGCAUCCUCCACUGAAGAGGCAGGUUACGAUUUCCUCCACGGCAAUGACCACAUCAGUGCCAUGAAGUACCCUCCUAGGCCCCCGACGACUGCCCAUUCCAGUGCGCUUUCCUCCUCCUCCUCCUCCUCCUCCUCCUCCUCCUCUUCAGUCUCCUUUUCGAAUGUCCAGAGCACUUACUCGAGCACGACGGUCUGCUCGGGCAGGAUGCAAGUGGACCUCCAAGUGGCACCAUUAGAUCUCGCUACUUCUCAUCGUCGAUAUCCCACCACCACUGCCUCCCCAAAGAGGCACCGAGCAAUAACGGUGUCCGUAGAAUCUCCUUCACCUCAGCUUAAGACGGAGGAAUAUGCAACUCAGCCGAGAGCUCCAGCUUCUUCCUCCAGUCAGCAGCUUCAAAUUGUGACCCCCAUCGUAGCAAAGGGGGCGAGUCAUCCCAUUCCCCUCAAAGAGGUUCGGCAUGCCCCGUACCCUGUUCACAAUCAUCAGAACCCUCACUGGAGACCUUGGUGAAUUGUAUAACAAACUUUAAAAAGUGGCUGAGACAUGCGGUACAAAACACCACCCGAGAACAAUGCUAUGGGUCGAAAACGAAGAUAGGCAGCCAGUUCCAAAGUCUCAUGACGGUUCAGGAGAAUUCUAUCCAUUGACUCAUGAAAUGUAAAAUAUAUAUAUAUGAAUAUAAAACUGAAUAAGAAUUCUGGGAAGUGUACAGUUCCAGGAACUGAGAAUGCACUAAAGCUGGCAUAUGGUAGUAUUUCAAAUGAUCUUCUGACAGCUUUUACGCUGGAUAUCAGUAAUCUGUUCCCAUUCCUGUGAAAAUAUCGUGCCUUGUCCAUAAUUACUGUACCUGAGUGUGGGCAUUUAAUACACGUAGUGUUUCAAAACGCGAAUUCAUUUCCAAGAAUUAUUUUUCUAUGUCACCUGACGUAUUUGAAUACAAAAUAUUUCCAGAUCACUGAUCCUGUCCAUUACUUUCAUUCCAAAGAACUUUAGAAUUUGUAUAAAGUGUAUUCAUUCAUAGUUCUAUAUUUCUAAAACGGCAUUGUAUACAAUAGUUUCGAGUAUUUUCUAAAGUUACAACCUUACAAACAACUUUACAUACUUGCCAUACUGUUCUUUUGUAAAUAUUUUUUCCUGUGUUCCUAAUAUCAAUGGUGCUGUGAUGUGUGCAUUGGGUGUGAAAGACAUUUGUGUACGUUGUGUAAGUUUAAAAAAUAUAUAUAUGUAUAUAAUGAUGUAUAUAAUUUGAGUGUGCAACUGCGUUUUUUUGUAUGUUUCUUAGGUUUAUAACUGUCCAU